AUGUUUCUAAACUCAUACAUUUCGGGCAUGAUCCCAUCUGCAAUGUCCUCUCACCUGCAUAAACUUGUUUCUCUUGAUCUAUCUCAUAAUGAUUUGAGCUUUGAGGGCAAUAGUUUUGAAAAUCUUUUGGGAAACUUGACGCAAAGAAGAGAACUUUUUCUUGAUGCAAUCGAUUUGUCUUGGGUUGCACCUACUUAUUUUCAAAACUUGUCUUCUUCCAUAAUGGUUCUCAGCCUCAGUGAUAAUGACCUGCAUGGAGAAUUACCUGAAGGUAUUUUCCGCUUUCCAUACCUCCAGAAGCUCAGAAUUACUGAUCAUGAUUCCUUGGAAGUUAACUUCCCAAAAAGUAAUUGGAGUAGUCCCCUCAGGUCACUAGAAGUCUUUUCUGUAAACAUCGCAAGAGAACUACCACUGCCUAGUUCUAUUGGUAAUCUUAGGUUCCUGGAGGUAUUGGAUCUUGGUUUUUGCAAUUUAAAAGGGUCAAUUCCAUUUUCAUUUUCGAAUUUUAACCAGCUCAGAUAUUUAGAUCUUUCUGGUAACCAACUACAUGGGCAGUUUCCUGAUGUUUUUGGAAACCUCACUAAACUUUUUCAUUUGUCUUUAAGGGAUAAUCAAUUUAGCGGGCAUUUGCCAUUUUCGGUAUUUGACCUCUCACACAUUGUUUAUCUUGACAUGUCACAAAAUAAACUGGUGGGUUCCCUUCCUUCUCAAGUUAGUGGCCUUUCAUUACUAUCUAGUCUUGACUUAUCUGGUAACUUCCUCAGUGGCAGAAUCCCACCAUCGUUGUUUACCCUUCCAUCUUUGUUUGACUUAUAUCUUAACGAUAUCAAGUUUACUGGUCCGAUUGACCAAUUUGAUCAACCCUCUGCUUCAUCGGAGUCUGUUUACUUGAUGAAUAAUGAGAUACAUGGCCCAAUUCCAAGUUCUGUCUUUGCACUUCUAAACCUUACGUCUCUUGACCUUUCAUCAAACAAGCUGACCGGGAUCUCUGAACCCAACAAUCUUCCGAAUCUCAACAAACUUGAGAACUUAGAUCUUUCAAAUAAUACUUUACUGUCAUUUAAGAAAGGUUUGGAAGAGCUAGACCUUUCUUAUAAUAGAAUCAAUGCUAUUGAGGCAGAUAUGUUUUCAAAGCUCAAAAAUCUCAGGUUGCUUGAUCUUUCCCACAAUAGUCAACUAUCACUGAGCACCACCAACAAUGUCAGCCUUUUUCUUCUUAACCUUCGGUCAUUGUCAUGUUCUUCUUGCAACAUCAGUGAAUUUUCAGAUUUUGUAAGAAAUCUAGAAGGUUUGGAAGAGCUAGUUCUUUCUUACAAUAGAAUCAAUGUUAUUGAGGCAGAUCUUUCCAACAACAGCAUACAAGGUAAAAUUUCCAUGGGGCAAUCUGAAGGAUGGCCUAGUUUGACAUGGCUUGAUCUUUCUAACAACGUUUUGACAGAUAUAGAGCAUUACCCAUGGAAGAAUACAAUUAAUCUUAGCAAUAAUGAUUUGGAUGGGCUAUUACCAAAAUCCCUGAUGAAUUGCAGUCAGUUAGAAGUGCUAAAUGUUGGAAACAACAAGAUCAGCGACAACCUUUCCUAA